AUGACGGAAGAGCUGAAGAAAGAGUUGUUGAAAAAGUUGAACGAUCGACAAGCCGCCAAGGAUAGAGCUCUCACCGUUGUCACGAUGUUGGAACGAAAUCUUGCUGCCGUCCCAAAUACUCCUUCCGAUGCGACGAAUGCACAAGCAAAUGCGGAGGAAAAAGUGUGGUUGGUCGGCAAUCGUUGUGUGGCGCCGUAUUAUGUGGAUGGACUUUGGUAUCCUGGAGCGAUAACUGGACUCGAUCGAAUCACUGGAGAAGCUGAGGUGACUUUUGAUGGCUAUGGAAACACGGAAAUGGUGAAGAUCAGCGAUUUGAUUGGUGAGGAAGAGUACGUGCCGGAUGAGGGUGAUGUCGAAUUGGAAGUAGGCGGAUACGAGGAUGACAAUGAUUUGGAAGAGGAGGAGGAGGAGGAAGAGAAUGCCGAUCCGAAUGUCAUCUAUCAAGCUCCACUUCGAAGCGCAACGAAGAAAAUAGAGGACUCUCCCAAAUCGAUACCAGCCAAGCCGUCAACGAGUGGCGCUCCUCUCAAUGCACCGUUUCCCUCGAUCGCCCCUCCACCACUUCCAUCGAUGUUCCGAGAUGCUUUCCCCGCAAUUUCUCCGACGACCGACGAGGCGAUGCAAGCGAUGCUAAUGAGCUGGUACAUGAACGGAUAUCACACGGGAUAUUAUCAGGCGAUCAAGGAUAUGGAAAGCCAAGAAUCGACUCAUCACCAUCAAAAGCGAAAAAAACCAAGGAUCUACGCGGGAAAAAGAAGGAAGAUCUUAGCGAUCAACUUGAGGCUCAAAAGAGCCGAAUUGGCCGGACUUCGGGUAAGCAAAGUCACUGGAAGUUCAACGUCAAAAUUGUCUCAAAUCCGUCGAGUCCGAAAGAACAUAGCUCGCAUACUAACGGUUUACAAUCAAACGCAAAAGGCUGAGCUCAGGAAACUUUACGCAGGCAAGAAAUACAAGCCACUCGACUUGCGUCACCAAAAGACUCGUGCCCAACGAAGAGCCUUGACGAAACACGAAGUGUCGUUGAAAACCGCGAAGCAAGCCAAAAAGCAACAAGCAUUUCCCAUCCGCAAAUAUGCCCGAUUAAAAAUUUACUUUGAUGCUCUUGUUUCAAAUUCGCUUAAACUGUUAAUUGAUUAUCUUUUCCGGAAAUCGACGGGCGUCUACCGACGAAAGAAGCAAAACGCCAAGGAUUGCGAUGAGAACGAGAAGUACGACGUCAAGAAGCAGUGUCGCAAAGCUGAAGCUGUCUUGUUUCAACUUUUUGGCGCCUGGUGCUCUAUGGACUUCGUCGCCAAGAACGCUUGGAUUCCAGUGCCGAUUCACGUCGUCUUAUUUGUCGGCCUUCAAGUGCAAGUUGUGGCAAACGUGAUCGCCAUCAAUACACCAUACAAGGAUUGCCCCGUCUAUCAAUUGAAUCGCCUCGGUCUUUCGGCAAAGCAAUUGGCACUCGAGUUGACAUGGGUUGCAAUCACCGCAGCUAUUGGCGGCGCCCUUUUUUUAUUACAAACGAUCUCCGAUCUCCUCAUUGGGAUCUCCUCCAAAAAAAGGGACGAUUCAUGGUACGUGAUCGAGGGAAAUGAGUACAACACAAAUAAUAAGCGAAAUGGCAAGAGAACUUGGGAAGAAGUCGAUUGGAGUGAUGAGAAGUUUCAGGUGGACGUUGAU